UUUUCUUAUUAAUCUGUGUUUGGAGAAAUUAGUCAGGACAACAGAAAGGUUAAAUAUAGGUGAACGCCCGCGUUUUACUGCACGAAGAGUUUCUCGAUUAUUGUCACUGAUUAUAAUACACAUGCGUUAUAUUUUGCACAGCAUAUAUCUGUCUGCUAAUGACACACACGCGUAAAUUAAACCCAUGGUCAAAUAACACUGUGAGCCGUAUAUGUGCACAUGGCAAGGUAUGAAAUGAUAGAUUUUCGGCAGAACAAAUGAUUGUCCAUGCAUUGUUGGUUGUCACUUGUAAGUUGCAACGGAUGACCUGAUUGUUCUUUUGCGAUGCAGACGGAAACCUACGGCUGCCGGGUAUCAUAUAAAACUACAGAUAUCUAAAGAUCGGCAUGCUAUCUGUACUAUGGUCGCACGGUUUGUAGCGCCGACCAUCGGUCUGCAGUUAGACUUUUUGCGCAAUAUAUAUACAGAUACACUGGAACGUUUUUUCUAUUGAGUAAGGUUUUCUUGCGUCCCAGACUGGGCACGCACAAGAAUGGGAGCGAGUCUUAUUAUCGAUGAUGUUAGCUUCGAUGAGAUAUUUAUCACGGAUUUAGAUAAUCCUAAAGCCGGGACCACGGUCAUGGCGGAAAAAUCCACUCCCCCCAAAUCCGUUUGUCCUGCCACAACAGAGAAGCCUAGCACGCCGACACCAAAGUGCCCCCAAACCAACGGCACGGAUGACCCCGAUGAGGACUGCACCAUGGACAGCAGUUAUUCGGAUGACGCACGGGCCGUGUGCAUGAUCGACGAAGAGCCCUACUGGCUGGUGGAGGAGAUCAAAGACGUCAAAGUCGACGUCAAGGGCAAACUGACCUACCUAGUGAAAUGGGUGGGCUAUCCCGAUUCAGUAAAUUCCUGGGAACCCGAGGAAAACUGUACCCUGGCCCGUCGCUUGAUUGCGGAAUUCCAUCAGCGCAUGUCGGAGGGCAAACGAAAUCUCCUGGCCCAGCAAAUGCUGGCACAGAGCCGUACCAACCGGCCCGCCCGUACCGCCCGCCGGAAGCACCGCAAACCCGACGGCUUCCCACCGCAACGGCCGCGCAAAACGGGCAAGGGCAACGGGAAGGGGUUGCGAAAAGACAACGGCGACACCGAUGCGGAUAGUACAUACAGUACCGGUAACGAAUCCGGUCCGAGCACCUGCUCCAGCCCAACCACAUCCACCGGUUAAGCCCGCGCCCGGCCCGUUAGCGGGCCGCUGUUGUUUGUAGUAUUUAUGUGCAGCUUGGAGCAGGCAGCCGCUUCCGUGAUUCGCCAAACUUCCUCUUCUACACCAAACCGAUUCCCGUUCUCAGAGUUCAGUUCUUUAUGUACGUUAUUAUAUUUGCGUAUUGCGUGCAGGAUCACAAAUUAAUAAUUCAGCUGAAAAAAAUUUACGGUAACGUUUCGAAUGUGUUGAAUGUUUGUGUUGUUUGUGAAAAUGUAAUUUUGUUUUGUGGUUUAUCAGCCAAAACCGUGGUGUGAAUGUUUGUAGCCGCGUUGCGAAACAGAACCUGGUUCAAUUAGCUGUACCAUGAUCUAAAAAAAUAAAGCGUUUUUGG